GUGUAAACAAACCUUCAGAAGUAAACCUCGGAAGACUACCAGAGGCGCUCAGAAACGUCAGCUUCUCUUCGUUCCACUUGUGAUGGAGGACGAACAGAAAGAAAUGGUCACAGAACUCCAAAUAAAUGCAGUUGAUAAAAGUGCAUACCACAAGGACAUGGUUAGGGAUGGAGGAGACACAAUUUCUUCUGAGGAUACCCUCCAAUCAGUUUCUCAGAAGGCAAUAAAUGAUGACAGUCAACCUAUUUUAACUAGAACAGAAAGUGCAAAGCAGAAAGAAGAUAACACAGAUGAUAGUAAAGACCAUAAAUAUGUGGCUACAAAGGUUAACACAAAUGAAAAUAACGAGAGGACACAAAAUACUAGAACUGUCAAUGCUUGUAAACCAACAAUCAACAAUCCUAGAAAUCAUUCAUCAUACAGCAGUAACAAGCCACGUUGGCCAGGCCCAACUCUAUCUUCUCCGAUGUUUUGUGCUUCUCUGUUUCGGCCACAAGGCUCUCUAAAUCCCUACCUCGCUGCUUCAUACAAUAGAACUUUAGCACCAUUACUACCUUAUAGGGGAUAUUCUCAUCCAUCGAUGAAGAACAUUUUCCUCGGCCUAAUGCCCAUCUCUUUUACUUUGAAGAAGAAUUAUCAAGCUUUAAUCAACAUUUUGUUCAAUUCCACUACACCAAUUAAUGUUAUAACAGUAUUGUUUGCCAGUCCUGUGUUGUUCAGUUUGACAGCUUUAGAUUAA